AAAAUGACGUUGGGAGUUACAAAUCUCGCCUCCCCAAGUUUGUCGUCCACAGGGUGGCCCCGCUAAACCAGUCUCAAGUGCAGGUUGCAGAAUGGAUAUAAUCAACAUAAGCGGGAAAUGGAAGGUAGAAAGGAGCCUUUCCUCUCACCCACAAUCUCCAUUUUCAUUUUCCCUUUCCCCAACUCCAACGGCUCUGCUCUGUAAUGCUCGUAUCCACCAGGUGAAGCCAACAAUUUCCUUUCGACUUCCCAACGCUUCGCCACAACUCUCACACAGAGUUAUCUCUCCAGUUUCACACCGUUCCAGAAGACAAGCAUCCAGGAUGUCUAUGGAGACGACACCACCAAGGAGCGUUCCUGUACAGGUUGCCCACGAGCUUCUCCAAGCUGGGCAGCGUUAUUUGGAUGUAAGGACAGCUGAGGAGUUCAAUGCUGGUCACGUUGAAGAUGCCAUAAAUGUUCCAUACAUGUUCAAAGAAGGAGAAGGGAUGGUAAAGAACCCUAAUUUCAUCCAGGAGGUAUCGUCACUUUUCAGCAAGGAUGCUGAAAUACUUGUGGGUUGCCAAAGUGGUCGAAGGUCACUUAUGGCAGCAAAAGAUCUUAUUGCUUGUGAAUUUACAGGUAUCACUGAUGUAGGGGGUGGCUACUCUGCCUGGGUUCAGAGCGGAUUUCCUGUGAAAAUGAGUACAUAGUAGAAGACAAUGUUACCUUUUCUUACCUUUUUCCCCUCGCUGCUUUUCACAUUUGAAAUAAUAAUGUAUUGUAGUAAUUUAUAAAUCUUGCUGGAAAGCUGCACCCUAUUUAUGGAAACUUAAAUGUUGUGGAGUGUAUCAUGUAAAUUGAUUGCAUUAAAGCAAAAACUAGAGAUGCAUUUCGUCA